GUAAAAUUCUUGCCCGUAAGCUCAAGGCUGCCUUACUGGAGGUUCUCAAGCGCAGCCAGUUAGCUUGCUGGAAGGAGGACAUUGUGCUUGGGACUGACCAUUCCAAACCAAAUCCCUUCGAACUAAAGGUCACCGGCGAUGUCUUGCGUUUGAGGCCAGGAAGAUCGGACAACAUCCCACCAAUGCUCAACAAAAGGUUCACAAAAUCAUUCUAUUCCUCCCAUCUGCGAUACCCUAAUUUACCCUGUGAGGAGCGCUUGUUGAAUCACGAAUGGGAUUUGCACGAGGCACAGGCCAACAAUGCGCUGAACAACAUUUGCUGUGUCCUCAACAUGAAAUAUCACCUGUAUAAGUACAAAGACACUUUUAUUCGCGGUCAACGUGCCAACACUCGCACAACUGGAGUAAUCAACAAUGCGGACAAUCUGAUUGAUGCCCUCGCUGCCAAAUACAACGCAGUGCACAAUGCACUUGUCAAGCUAGCGCCAAGGUUGCACAAGGAUGACAACUGGCUACUCACUUUCAAGCCGCUCAAUUGUGCAAAAGAUGCUGUCCUGCUGAGACAAGACAAUGGGGCAACAGUCAGCCAGCAAACAGUGUCCUGGAUCUGGAAGACACAUGGAGUGUCCGAUAACACAGAGUAUGGCUUACAGGACUGGCCAGAGCUUGAGCACAUCGAUGGGAAGAAGCGGUGCAGCCAGUGUGUGAAGAAAUGA